UGUACUUGAUGUAAUUUACAAUAAUAGUAAGGACAUAACCUUGUGUUAUUUUAUUUAGAAAAAUUAUCUGACAAUGUGACAAUAAAUUGUUGAUCAAUUCAGCUGAUCAAAGUAAAUUAUUGAGGAGAUUAAUUUGGUUAUUUAAAUUAUUGCUAUUCUGAGUUUGAAAUGGAAGAAGAGAGAUCAGUAACUAUUUAUUUGGCGACAGAAAUUAAAUUUAUAAAUGUUCCGUAUCUUGUUGAAUGGACUGUUGAAGAUAUUUGUAUUGCGAUUUGCAAGCAAUUAGAGAUUGGACCCCUAGCGAGACACUUAUUUGCCUUGAGAGGUAAAUCAAACAAAUUGUGGAUUCCAGCGGGGCACAAAUUAGAAACUCAUGAAAAAAAUAAGUUUGAGUUUAGAUUACGCUUCAAGCCUUCAUCUCUCAAAAGACUGAAAUUAAUAGACUCAAAUGCUUACAAUUAUUAUUUUCAUCAAGUGAGAUCCGAUGUGUUAGAAAAUAAGGUAGCAGAUAUUGUAUAUGAAAAACAUAAACGUGAGUUGAUUGGUUUGGGUGUUAGUGAUAUGUAUAGAGUUAUAGUAGAAAAACAAAUACCUCGUGAAGUGGUCGAAGCAGACUACAAGAAAUAUAUCCCGAAGGAGUGCAUAAAGAGACACUCUUUUUUUAUAAAAAAACCGAUUCAUAAUGCGCUGGCAAGGAUAUCAGGGCACGACGCAGCCUAUGUUAAAGAACAGUAUUUAAAUCAGUUUGAGGUAAUGGCACCUAACUAUCCUUAUGAGGAGUACAAAGCUUUGAUGGAUAAAAAUUUACCGGAUCCGGCAUCACGGAUCCUACUCAGGGUGAAUCCAUCCGAAGUUAUGUACUACGAGCUGGAUGUCCAUAACCAGUGGACUACCCUCUGCGCUAUUGAAGAUCUCUGCUCAAUUUCUAUUGGGCAAGACAAUACUGUCGAAGUAUCUCGGAAAAGUGGAAUUCCAACGUACCUGAAAUUUUCAACUAAUGCUUUGUUGAUGUCGUUUGUAUCGGCGUUAGACGGGUAUUAUAGGUUGGGUGUAAAAUGGACGUUUAAUUUAUGUAGAGAUAUUAUCACCCCUAGUUUAGAAAAAUUACAUAAGAUGAAGUGUCACGGUCCCGUUGGAGGUGAAUUUUCUUAUGCAAAACUCAAGGAAAAACGCUCAAAUAAAUCAGGAACAUAUAUAUUGCGUGAAUGUGAAAAGAAGUACAAUGUCUUCUGGCUCGACUCUUGUGGGAAAGACCAUAAACCUCGUACUUACAAAAUCGAGCAAUUAGGCCCAGAA